AUGAACAUGACUGGCGAAAAAUACAAUUCUUCGUCAGCGAAAGCUGGCGCUUUGAACAAGUACUUUGCUUCCGUAUUUCUUCCUAAACCCACCACUCCUCUGUGUUUUACUUCCGUAUCAAAACUGGACCAACUUGAUACGAUUACUGUGACAGUCGAAGAAGUUAAUGCGUUGCUAUGCAACCUAUCAACAGCAAAGGCUACAGGUCCAGAUGGAAUUUCAGCCAGACUUUUGAAAAAGUGUUCAGGUGUGCUUGCUCCCUCUCUAACAGCAUUGUUCAACAUGUCGUUAUCUCUCGGUAAAGUCCCAGCAGAGUGGAAACAAGCUAAUGUUGUUCCUGUUCCUAAAAGUGGCGACCCCCAUGUGAUCAGUGAUUAUCGACCAAUCUCCUUACUAUCACUGAUUUCCAAAGUCCUUGAACACGCAAUCCAUGUCCGAGUUUCUGCUUUUGUCAAACCUCUAUUACAUGAUCGACAACACGGUUUCCGUACAGGUCGGUCCUGCAUUACUCAACUCCUUGGUGUGAUCCACAAUGUCGGUAAAGCACUUGACUCUGGAAAAGAAACGGACAUGAUCUACCUCGACUUUUCCAAAGCAUUCGACUCGGUUCCCCAUGACAAGCUUUUAUUUAAACUUCACCAAUUUGGGAUAUCGGGUAUACUCUUGAACUGGUUUUCUGACUACUUGAAGGAGCGAAAGCAGCGUGUGGUAAUUGAUGGAUUUUCUUCUACGUACCUGGACGUAACAUCUGGAGUGCCACAAGGCAGUAUGAUCGGGCCUUUACUUUUCCUAAUUUACGUAAACGAUCUUCCCGAGUCGGUUAAUUACAGUUUGGUUCCCAUGUUGGCGGACGACAGCGAAUGUUUUCGAUCUAUUGACAAUUCACAAGACAGCACCCUUCUGCAGUCUGACAUUAACUCGCUCUGUUUGGUCGUCUACUUGGGACUUAAAAUUUAA